UAUUGCAUGAGGGAAAACACUGUGUGUUGCAACAGGGAGAGCUGCACCAAUAAAAAGGAUCUGCUGCAUGUGGAAAAACACCCUUUGCUUCCUGGUUAGCCACACACACUGCCUCCUGAAGCUGAUUAAAGAAUGAUGCUCAGAGUUGUGUUAGCGGCGCUGCUGCCUGUAGCAGCCUAUCAGUCCACCCUGCCCACAGACUGCAGCGAUGUCUACAGUGCCGGAUCAGGCCAGGACGGAGUGUACGCCAUCUACCCGGCUGGCGGCACCUCUCGUGUGCAGGUUUAUUGUGACAUGAGCAAGGAUGGCACCGACUGUAGUGGAGAAAAGUGGACGGUCAUUCAGAGAAGACAAGACGGCACCGUGAACUUCUUCAUGAAGUGGGAACACUACAAAGCUGGAUUUGGCAGCGCUGCCGGAGAGUACUGGCUGGGCCUGGAGACAAUGCACCUGAUGACACAGGCCAAGAACUAUGAGUUGAGGGUGGACAUGGAAGACUUCGAGGGACAGAAAGUCUUUGCCGAGUAUUCUUCCUUCUCUGUUGGUCCAGAAUCGGACGGAUACAAGCUAAACCUGGGACGUUUUGUCAGAGGAGCAGCUGGAUACUCUCUAAGUCUUCACAAUGGAAAGAAAUUCACCACUACUGACAAAGAUCAAGAUACUCAUGAUUCAAAUUGCGCCAGGUUGGCCUAUGGAGCAUUCUGGUACGCGGGAUGCUUUGGGGCAAACCCCAACGGGAUCUACACCUGGGGACCUUCGCCCCGUGCAGCUGGUGUACAGUGGAACUCUUUCAGAGGACUCGAAAACUCCCUAAAAACCAUCGUAAUGAAGAUCAGACCGGUCGCUGAAUAAAUCAGUAACGUCAAGAGUUACCAUGCUCAGCUUUGUUUAACUUUAACUUAACUCAUGAUCCUGUUUUAACCUCUUUUAGACAGGUAGGUAGGAUCUGGUGCAAACUGAAUUUUUUUUUAUAUCUUAUUCUUCUGUGACCAUAAAGCUCCAUUUUUGUACCAAAAUAAUGAAAAAUACAGCACUGAGAUACAGAUUUGUGACAUGUUUUGUUGUACAUACAUGGUUCCUGAUGCUGUAAAUACCCACUAGAGCACCAAAUUAUAUAUUAUGUAUGUAUUUAUCCUACUGCUGAAACAAAUGCCAUACUUACUUGUGUUUUAGUAACUGUUCAUAAAAAGUACAGCGACCAGCUGCUUGAGGAAACUAGUGAGCCUUUAAUAAACAUGAAAUUACUUCAUAUUUGUGACUUAUUUUAAUUAAAUUUAAUCCUUAAUCCAGUUCACAAAAUGAAAAAUAACAUUUCAAGGAAAAAUAUCCGAUCAUAUGAUAUUUUCAAGGUAAAAAAGAAAAAUAUCCCAAAGCUGAAAAAGCAGCGUCUGCUGUGAUAAAGAAGUUGAUACUGACUCUGGUGGUGCUUCAUUUAAAAAAAAUAAAUACUGAUUUCUA